AUGGGAUUGUGUGCUAGUAAAGAAGACCACGCAGUCAGCAGCGGAACUACUAAGACCACUCAACCUUUGAAAAAAGAAAGAGUCACCAGGAGAGCUCCUAUUUCUGUAAGUAAAGCUCAAGCGAAAGACACUAAAAAGAGAACAACAUCUAGCGCAGGACAUGUACUGUCUUCCGAACAAGCUCAUACAGAGAUGCCGGCUAAGAGUGCGGCCGGAAAAGCAGCAGCUGAACGGUUCGAGCAGUCUCAAAAGCAGUCCACUCAAGGAGAACUAGGCAAAAAACUUGCAAAAGAGCGUGCGAAAAGCCGUAACGCACAUCUGAAGGAAUCUGCAGAACAGCGGCAACAAGAGAGAAACGAGCCGCUGGUAUUUGACUGA